GCAUUUUAUUCAAGAGUCAUAUUAACAACAAUCAACAAAACAGCAAAAUUCUGUACAAUUAAAUCACAAUUAUUACAUAUUUAAAUUUCACUGGAAAAGCUUGAAAUACGCCGAACGACAUAAACUAAGGCGCGUGCGCCAAAACUUUUGUUUCCUCAAAUAUUUCCCAAACUUCAUAACAAAGUUUUCUAAAAUAUAACGUAGUUUUGUCGGGGAUUGCUGUAAGGCAGGGUGAAUGGUACAAAAACGUAACGUUUCCGACACGCAUUGACUUGUUCAAACCGUGUCCGCAACAAUUGUCGAAUAAAAAUCGCGAGACGCGCACGUUGCACGGACCUUUUGGGGAGGGAAAACAGUUGCGAAGUUGUUGCAAAAUAACAACAAACACGAAGCAUGACCGUGCCGAACGGUCACACGAAUAAUUGAUGACGGUCGCGUCACGACACGAACCCCAUCGGCCGCCAACUAAAUACCAUACCAUGAGUAGGUCAAGGAAGAAGAGCCAUUCCAUCCAGAACAUCUUAGAUAACUCUCCAGCUUCAGAAGAUGAAGCACCUGCCGCACCGACCAGAUACAUGUGUCCAAAAAAGGCGUACUGUCGAACAAAGGCCCAUUUCGAGGAGCCUCCGCCCGAGCCUCCACCUGCUACUCGAAUCCAAGAUUUGACAACACCUAUUCGACCUUCGUAUUCGAGAUCGAUGCACAAGGUGGAGGAGCGCAGAACAGGCAAGGAGCGGCGACUCGAAAAUAGAUCGAGUCGGCCUUUUGGAUUACCACAGUUGAAAAAGCGCAAAAUUGAGAACACUAAUAGUAUGGCCACGGUCGCAAAAGGUUUCACGAAGAACAUUGAACAUAGAAAGCGAGUCGACGAAUCGGUCACAUCCAAAUCCAUCCUAUUGCCUCAGAAGAAGCGCGUCCUACCCCCGAAUUCCGCAGGCGGAAGUCCGCUCAAGAAGAAUCAGAAACUCAGCAACGAUGAGGGCACCGCUGAUGAGACUCUGAUCAGAGAAACUGAAGCUGCAUUGAAAAACUUAUCGGGCAGUUGGACGGGUACCAGAACCUACAACCAGGAGGAGUCUCCGGUUUUUGAAAACUUGUUCGAUGAGAAGAAGUCUAACGCUAAAUUGUCACCUUCAUCAACCAGCAACAGCAGUACCGACAAUACUUGCUCCUUGAAGGACGUAAUCACACUCCGAGAUCAACACGAAGAAAUUACCGAAGAGAAGAGCGUUAACAUAAAGGGUAGACAGAUAAAGAUCAAACAGGAGGAAGGCGAAAAACGUCCUAGAGGGUCGUCCCAAUACCAGCCUCCCGAUUUCAACGAGCUGGUGGACGACGACACCUCCAACGAGCUGGAGAUAGACAUGUCGGAGUCCGCCGCCGAGAAAAACGAAAAAUUGGAAAAAGACAAAAAGGAGCCAGACAACACAAAACCGGCCAAGUACCCCACCGACUCGGCCUUCCAUUCAUCCCCGUUCUCCACGUCGUCCGCCUUUCGUCCGCCCCAGUCGACGAAAAACACCCUAACGAACCUCGGCCCAUAUCCCGCCGAGGCGACGUUCGUGGGCUACCCGUCGGCCAUCGGCAUAUCCGACGCCGCCGCCACCGUCGACGACAAGAAGAACAUCCUGCAAUUGAAACCGCCGGCGGAGAUACCGCCAGAAACGGCCGCCGUCAAAUCGCCGGAGACGUCGAGCAAACAAUACACGAUCCUGCAGCCGGCGACGGUUGGCUCUAGGGCCGCGAACGCGUUGCAGGAAGUCGCACGGGAAGGAGUACCGGUCGUUUCUGCGGUCAGCGGCGCUCCCGCUGCCGGCGAACCGACGAAAAUGGUGCCGGUUACCACUGUUGCCGGAGCGCUAUCGCCCAACAGCAUCGGACGAGAGGGUGGAAAAUGUCCAACACCGGGUUGCACGGGCCAGGGUCAUGUUACAGGGUUAUAUUCGCAUCACAGAAGUUUAUCUGGAUGUCCGCGAAAAGACAAAGUUACACCAGAAACUGGAGCGUGUCAAAGCGAUUUUCCCACGAACUACGAUGGUAAACGGUCACCCACAUCCGAAGACGUCAAACCUAGCUACUUGGUGAGCUACGGCAACUUGCCAAACCAAGAAACCGACAAACCAUCAACCUAUGACCAAUAUUAUAACAAAAACAAAGAUCUAAUGAAAGUACCCAAGACGGAAAUCACCACAACGAGCUGUUGUAGCGUUCCGGAUCAAGGUCUGCUCGUACCAAAAACAGAGAUCACCUCAAACUCGUGCAGGUCACCCCCAACGAACAUGAGGUCGGCGUACGAGCCUUACAUGAACCACGAUUCGAAUUCGUCGUCAAUGUCCAGCAUGGACGCGAUGAAUUCCAGAGGACCUCAGCACCAAGUCCACCAUUUGGGACCGCAUCACAACUCCCAACCGGGCUACACAAUGGAGCACCAGAUGCCGCACAGGAGUCCGUACCAGCAAUCUCCCAUGUCGGAGGAGAUGUACCACAGGGAACGGUCGUACACCGACAUGAACGACUCGAUGAGUGGAGGCAUUGCCAGACCCAUUGUUACUUAUUCCAGCGACAUGGCGAACAGGCCUUACGAUUCGUCGAUAGUGAACUCCUCCAGUCACAGGCCUUACGAUCCCGGCACCGGGGGAUUUGAACGCUACGAUUCCGGACAAUGCGUGUCGCUGCAGCAACCUCUGGGUCCCCCGAGGGUGCCGCCUCAGGGCAUGUACGGCUACUCCAUGGAGGAUCAACAAGAACAGAGAUACCAACAGGAGGCGACGGCUGCCCAGCACCACCAACUCGCCAUCGCCAACGCUACACAGGGUCUUAUCAAGAGUGAGGAACAAGAAAACACCGGUCCACUAUACCCCAGGCCGAUGUACCAAUACGACGCGAGCGGCGGUCCAUUGCCGUUGGGGUUUUCCGCAAUCAACUUGUCGGUGAAAUGUGUGACAACCCAGGCCCAAAUGAAAGGUAGUGGACCCCAUACGUCCCCCGGGGGCAGCGUUAUUGAUCUCUCCACGUCCAGCGUCACCACCACCAGUCCUCAGGUGGCGUACGGCUCCCCUCACUACGGUGGCCAAAGGGUGGGAGGCAGUCCCCAAGCGGCAGCCAGUCCCCAUCUCUCGGCCAGUCCCCAGGUGCCCAGUCCGCAAGGCCAAACGCUGGACCUCAGCGUCAGCCGACUGUCCCACAGCGGCGACACAAGUCCCAACCGGUACGGCGGACACGGAUUCGGAAUCGUCGCCCGCCGUCGCGACGAACAAACGGAACCUGUCGAUUUCUCAUCCGCAAAUGAACCCGUUAAUUUCAGUGGCGUGCGACCGGUCGCCACCUUCGCUACCGCUCCCCCAUCCGCCGGCGGACCGCCCCCGGUACUGCCGCCAGCCGGUUCGGGUUACAGCAGGGAGUCGACGCCGGACAGUGGCGGCUCGCACUACAUGGACGCCUACAGGGAUCCGGGAUAUGGUCCGAUGAGUCCGCAUCCGGGUUACGGUAUGACGUCCGUAUCCGGGGAGUACGCGACGAAUCCAUACGGGGCUCCGUACCCCAAUGGGGGGUAUCCGUGUGGCACAGGAUAUCCGGGUGCUGUGACGACUGGUUAUCCGGUACCUCCGGGUGGGUACUCUCCCAGCGCUUGUUAUUCGAUGCCACCGCCACAACACUCCUUGGGACAACACGAUAAGUCUCCGAAAGACGGAAGCAUCCCACCAAUAAACAGCAAAUUAGGACCGUGCCCUAGAACUAAGGACGGUAAGGAGCUGAUUCAGUGCCCAACAAAUAGCUGUGACGGUUUGGGACACGUCACAGGCAACUACGCCACCCAUAGAAGCUUGAGUGGAUGUCCACGGGCAGACAGAUCACAAAUACAGGGACAUUCCCAGGAAUUGAAGUGUCCAACGCCGGGAUGCGACGGAUCGGGACACGUGACCGGAAACUACUCGUCGCACAGAAGUCUUUCUGGCUGUCCUAGGGCAAACAAGCCUAAAAGCAAGCCCAGAGAUGGACAAGACUCGGAACCACUAAGAUGUCCGAUUCCUGGUUGCGACGGAUCAGGACAUGCGACAGGAAAAUUCUUAUCGCACAGAAGUGCUUCGGGGUGUCCGAUCGCGAACCGGAACAAGAUGAGGGUGCUGGAGAGUGGCGGCACAGUGGAACAGCACAAGGCAGCGGUCGCCGCCGCAACUGCCAUGAAAUUCGAAGGAGUUAAUUGUCCGACACCGGGUUGCGACGGAACGGGUCACAUAAACGGGUCCUUUCUCACGCACAGAUCAUUGAGCGGAUGUCCUGUGGCCGGGCAGACGGUCAAAAAGCCCAAGUAUCCCGAGGACAUGCCCUUCUACUCGAAAGGAUAUACAGGCAUUGAACAGACGCCCGGAGGCGGUGAAGAUCUCAUGACACUGGAGGCGGAGAUUUCGGAGUUGCAACGGGAAAACGCAAGGGUCGAGUCGCAGAUGCUUAGGUUGAAGUCAGACAUCAACGCCAUGGAGAACCAUCUCACACAUGGAGAAAAGGAAACGCAGGCGCUCACGCAGCGCAAUAGCAACCUGAACGAGUACUACGAGAGUCUGCGCAACAACGUGAUCACGCUGCUCGAACACGUCCGGUUGCCGGGCAACGGUGCAUCACCGGAGAAACUCGGACAAGAGAAUUUCGAUUCCUACCUAAGCAAACUGCAAACCCUCUGCACUCCCGAGGGAUACUGCACGGACGAGAACAGGCCGCUUUAUGAGACCGUCAAGUGCGCCCUGCAGGAUUUCACAGUGCUACCUACUCCCAUCUAAAGAAAGACAUUGUUCUGGCCUUGCAAUUUUGAGUCGAGUUACGUUCCGAGACAGGUUUCCGGGUUGUUGGGGUUGUGUGCGACGCCAAAAUUGUAAGGUUUCAAAUAAAAAACUUUGGAAGUUUUGUAUUCAGUGUACAAUGUAUUAACUCUAAUUAAGUAUUAAAAGAUUUGUACGUAAUUAUAAAUUGUGAUCUAUUGUAAAUAACUGACGAAAUGAGGUAAAGAAUUGUAUAGAUAUAUUCCUCAUAUUAAGUUAAAUAAUGUACAUUAAACAUGUAUAUAGUCCGUUUUUCUUUGUAAAUGUAUAAAAUGUUCGGUUUCUGUUUUCUCUUUGACUUAUAUUUAGUACGUUCUGUUUGUUGUUACUUGGUUAUACUGUACAAAGUUAUAGAAUUUUAUCUUACCCUUAGAGGAAUAUAUUUUAAUAAAUCGCUUCGACAUUACAUACAUUAAGUAUUAGUAUAAUUUUUUAGAUAAUCUGUGAUUAUGUAUACCUAGUAUUUAUAUAGGUAGAGUAUAGUGUUAUUUGUAAAACAUAUUCGGCAAUGUGCAAUAUGUGCAAUGUACGUAAGACAUUAAUUUACUCACAUGGUGUUCAAGAGCAUUAUUAAACGUUUUUGUUAUUUACUAUUUAUUAUUAUACAGAUAUGUACAGUUUUGUUCUACCGUUUCUUGAUUUCCUAUUUGUGCUGUUUACCGAAUUGUUGUGAGAAUGUGUACAUAUGCGAAUUAACCUAACUCAAAUUCUCAUCAUUAAAUAAUUAUUUGUUCACAGCAAAUAUAUAUGUUAAAAUACAUGUGUUGUUAUUAUAAAUAAAGUAUUUGAAAGGUC